AUGACAAUCACAUUGGAGAAGGAGAACAACAGAAUAGUAAAAGAAUGGCAAAAGAAACACUAUAUAUCAAAACAAGAUGAAAGAACCCUAUUAACACACAAUAGCAAAAUACCAAAAAUAUAUGGAUUACCAAAAGUCCACAAAGCUGAUAUACCACUAAGACCAAUAGUAUCAUGCAACCAAUCUCCAUUAUAUAAAUUGUCUAAAUAUAUGGCCAAUAUUCUAUCCAAAGCCAUAAACAACAAUCAAUAUUAUAUAAAAAAUUCAUUUAAUCUGAAAGAAUCAUUAAGAAAUGUUAAAUUACAGAGUGACCAUCGACUAUACUCAUUGGAUGUAAAAUCUUUAUACACCAACAUCCCCAAAGAAUUAAUAAAACAAGCCAUUGAAAAAAAUUGGGAGAUUAUAAAACAACACACACAAAUACCUAAGGAUGAGUUCAUACAAACAAUAGAGUAUAUAACAAAUAACAGCUAUUUUCAAUAUGAGGAACACUUUUACAAACAAAUUGAAGGUCUAGCCAUGGGCAACCCAAUAUCAGGCACGUUGGCGCAGUUGGCACUGGAGUUGAUAGAUGAGGAAAUUAUGCGAGAAUAUAAGACAACAUUUUACAAACGCUACGUAGAUGACUGUCUAAUUGUAACAACACCAACGGAAAUACAAACGAUCUUAAAUCGUUUCAACAGUGUACAUGUAUCAUUACUGUUCACACUCGAAGAGGAAGAAAACAACAGCUUAGACUUCUUGGACAUGACACUGAUAAGGAAAAAUGUUGAACUAUUGACCCGAUGGCACCGAAAGGAACAGAACACAAGUCACAUCUUAGAUUACAACUCCCAACACCAUCACUCACAAAAGAAGAGCACAGCCAUUGGAUACAUAGACAAAGCGUUAAAACUUACAUCACCGAUACUCCGGAAGAAAACAUUAAUAGAAGUGAAAGAACUCUUGAUCAAAAACCACUACCCUGAAACAUUCAUGAAAAAACUCAUAAAACAAAGGACACACCGACUCUACAACACACAAUAUACAAAGAAAUCAACAACGGAGACCACAGUGCGAAUACAAUUACCAUUUAUACAGGGACUGUCGCAGAAGAUGAACAAUAUAAUUAAACCGUACAACCGUGAAAUAGUAUAUAGGCCAUGUAAUCAAAUCAGUAGUGUGUUUAGCAAAUUGAAAGGACCAACACCCAAAACCAAAAAAUCACAAGUCGUGUAUAGUAUACCAUGCAAGGACUGUGACAAACAGUACAUAGGACAGACUUCACAAAGACUAAAAGACAGACUAAACGCACAUAAAUACACGAAGAACGCUACCACAGCUCUUAAUAAACAUAAGAACACAAGCAAACAUGAGUUCAAUUACGAAGACACAAAAAUUUUGGGAAUCGAACUUCAACAAAAACGUAGGGAAAUAUAA